GACAUUUGCUAUUUUGGUUGCCUGUUUUCUCUACAGCUUGUUUCUGGAAAGAAAAGUUUAAAUUUUUGUCUUGCGAGACAACUGGAGCAGCAGAUGUUUGUUCAGAGCAGGUUCAGUAGACGAUCGCAGCGUGUCUGACUCAAACUGUCCUCUAUUUACUCUAAGAGUCGAGUGAGAGAGGAUGGAGGCUGGGCCAGAGUCAACAUAACAAAAAGGCAGAGUUGGAUAAAGCCGGAGGACAUCAGGACGCUCCAGCACACCGGGACGGAGUCCACCAUCAGCGAUACUGUACUAAGAGGCUGAGUGUCUUCAGUCCGAUGAGAGAGUGGAGCGAGCUGGAGAUGAGCUUUUCCACAGGGGGCUUUUUGCCUGACACGUACUGCUCCACAGAGCAGCUCCAGUACUGCGACAUGCUGACUGACCCUCUGGGAUACACCUUGCAGGACCCCGACCUCCAGCUACUCCCGUACAACCAACAACAGUACAGCCCUACCAACCUGUCCUUCUCCCUCUAUGGUUCUCCUCCCUCCUCGACCUCCUCUCCGUCCUCCUCCUCCUCCUCUUCCUCUUCCUCACAGCUCUGCCACCUCCCAUACCACUACACCUCCCACUGCCUGGACAUUCCCUGUAAUCCCAGCUCAGAUAUCCACUGUGGAAGUCUGGUUCAGGGUCUUGGAGGAGGUACACUGCCUCCAGGGCGAAGGAUGCGCAUUGGCUCUGGGGGGAAGAGUAGAACUCAGGACGAGUUGUGUGUUGUGUGUGGUGACAAAGCAUCAGGAUAUCACUACAACGCUCUCACCUGCGAGGGAUGCAAAGGUUUCUUCAGGCGCAGUGUGACUAAAAAGGCCGUGUACCACUGUAAGAGUGGGGGUGGCUGUGAGAUGGACAUGUACAUGAGGAGAAAGUGCCAGGACUGCCGCCUGAGGAAGUGUCGUGCUGUGGGAAUGUUAGCUGAAUGCCUGCUGACAGAAGUGCAGUGUCAGUCUAAACGGCUGAGGAAAUGUGGAAAAGACAGAGGCCAAGAGGACGAGGACAGCACAGACAGCAGAAAGAUCAGCUCUACAAGCAGACCAUCUGUACAGCAGGUGGUAUGUGCAGGUUUGACCUCAGAGCAGAAGUCCACAGUGGACAGGAUGGUGGAGGCUCAUCGAAUAUACCGAGCACAUGACAGCAGUUAUAACAAGUUGUUUGAAUGGCCAUGCACAGAGGAUGGGGAUGACCUGCCUGAUGUUCUACCACCCCAUGUGCAAAGACUGCUACAGUUUGCCAGGACAAUACCAGGUUUUGACCUCCUGGAUUUUUCUGAGCAAUGUUGUCUGUUGUCCAUCUCAUCACUGGAGGUUAUGUUUCUGCUCUCAGCUCAGCACUUUUCUCACAACCCAACCACCCCUGGUCCAGGACUGAGUGAGGAUCUCUUUGAGCUGGUGCUCAACUUCUUCUACAGCAUGGAGGCUUUGAGGCUGACUGAGGCUGAAUAUGCUCUGCUCAUUGCUACAACUCUGCUCUGCUCAGACAGGGCGUCUCUGCAGGCAGCUGACUGUGUGGAGAAAAUGCAGGAGCUGAUCUUGGACCUGUUGUCACGGGUGUGUGGGGCCCAUGCUGGAGCUGCACGUGGGGGGGCGCAGCGCUUUGGGCGCCUGCUGGGUAGAGUGACAGAGCUCCGAACCCUCCAUCAUAACUACCUCCUCCUGACCAGAGCCCAGCCCACACACUGAGGACAUGUUGGAAAGGUUUUCACCAGCAUCUUUGAUGGAUUUCACUCUCUUAACUUCAGGAUUACAAGAUACUGGAAGAUCUGAGAAAUUUGUACCAACUGUGUGUAAAUACAAUAUGUUGGAGUGUGGACUGUGUUCUUGAUGUGGAUACACAAGGAUGAUGCAGAGUUUUAGCUUAAAACAAGACUGAAAUAAUGAUUAAUGACUGAUGAGUAAAAGAGUUUUGUAAGUUUUUUCAUACACAAUUAACAUGUACACUUACAGUACUGCUCACAAUGCAAAAUUUGUUAAAUAAAAUGAAAAUGCAGCU